GAAGGCAAGUUUCGUUUUUGUUGUUUGAGAUAUGUUGCAUGGUGCAUGGUGCAUAGAUCCCGUGCGGCAAGUGCGUUUAGUGCGUUUAGCGUGAAUUUUGAACGUUGAACGCCGCUAUCCGCGCACGAGUCGCUCAAGUUAGUCGGCAGGAUGGAUGAGCAUGAAGCAGCAGCGGAGGAAGCGGUACAGGAUCAUUCGGCCGAUGAUGGUCCUUCACUGAUUGACCUGCCGGACGGCGUGCUGAUCAAAAUAUGCCAAUAUUCAGAACCAUUUGAUGUGCUGAGCCUCGGAAGAACAUGCCACCGUCUUCGCGAGCUGACUUCGAGUCGGUUCCUGUGGACGUCCUUGGCUCUGUCGUGGUGCCGGGGCGUGUGGAAUGAUCUUCCCGACAAAGUUUGCUCCCUGCCAGAGGAUCCCAAGCAGUGGUUUUUUCAUCUGCUACGGCUGUGCAGAGAAAAGCGACCACCGCAGAUGGAGACAGUGUCGUUUGAGAAUGGUGAGACGUGGCUCCGGAUGCAGAACGACAGGUUUGCGUGCAAGAUUACCAUGCUCACCUGGGCAUACCAGGCCAUGAACAACAAGGCGUCCCCAUUCAUCCUGCAACGUCUCUGGGUUGAUGACAUAGCCCUGUACAAACGUCUGUGCCCCAGAGUAGACUUCAGUGUUUCAGAGUUGAAGCUUGAUCCAAACGGUGCCAGCCAGCUGGCCACCCUGGGCAAGGCUCGGCCAAAUGACCUUCGGGGCCGAAAGCAGCCGCACGUCGACGCUCACAACUACGUCUCGAGCAGACCCCUUUUGAGUGCAAGAUGGAUUGAGGACCUGUUUCCCCAAGGCCCGGAGGGAAGCAUUUGCCCGUUGUUGGUGUGCCCUUCCGCAGACGGUUACGCUCUGGAGUCCUCGGGUGUCGACGGGCUCCUUACAUGUGCGUCCUACGUGCUUGAGCAGCAUCUUGCACGUGCCUGCCUCAGAGGACAAGAGACGGUUGUAAAGAUGGCUACCAGGAUCAAGAAAGCAUGCUGGGGCUUGCACUCUGCCUAUGUUGACCAUAAGAGCACAAUUGAGGAUAGGUGGCCAGACUGCCCUGUGGCCCAUGCGAUCGUCAGCAUGUCUGAAGAGGGAUGGCCCAAUUUUACUUCCUGUCAGCCUUCUCUCGACCCGGUAGGCCUUCAGUGGAGAGAAGUGAUGUCCCGGUGUGCCGCACUGCUUAAAGAACAUGGAACGUUGGAUGCCAUCGUCGAUAUGGCGAGGAUCCGGUGGAGACGUGUCCUGCUGUCCGACAUUGAGGCUGUGGUUGGACCCAGUGACGAGACGUUUGUGUCGAGGAUUAAUCUCACGGACUGCGACGUAAUUGGUGGAGACAAUCCGCGCCAGGACAUGGCUGCGGCUGCAUUUGUGUCUCCAUCUGGUGUCUUAGUAACAUGGCAGCUGCUUGGCCAGGGCCGCUACUGAUUCUGUAUGGGGGCUGAUGCACACAUGCACGUUAAGACCUAAAGUAGAAAACUGCAUAGAAGGCCAAGCGCAACAGGAAAGUCCAGAUCACAUAAAGAGGCUAGUUUUAGAUAUUGUAGAUAUAGAGGAGCCUUAAAGGAGUACUGACAGAAAAGUUUUACAUCUUGUUUUUUCCAUUGCAUUAAUUAACGACCCACCUAUCAUGGCUGGAAACCUCGUGAGCUCGAGCACACAAUGGUUAAUUUUUUGGAGACGGUUUUGUAGCACCCAGUCACAGCUACGGUUUCAAAGAGCACCGAGUGAGGCGGCACCCGGAAUGAUUUUCAUGUAAACAUAACUGGCUACAUGAGCACACAAAACCGUGUUCAUGUGAGCACCACGCGGACAACUAUUUUCAGCAAAGGCCCCCUGGGUGCUGCUAUAAUCCCCUCUGGGAUGUUGCAAAUACAUGUGACCCUCCAAAAAUGCACUUCCACGGCAAGGACGUCAGCCUUUGUACUUGCGUGCAAGUCUGCCCCCUCUUUCUGUUGAAAAGGUCUACUAGGAGAGAGCGCUCACGAGGAUCAUGGCAGCCAACACAAACUUCCAUCACUGCUAUUCGCACCAUCUUAAAACGGCUGAGUCGUUGAGUCACUGCUGUUCUGAAGGAAACCAGCGAGCAGUCAGAACGCAGAUGGAGAACGACACUACUAGGUUGGUUGUUUGCACUAAAGCCAAAGGCAGGCUUCGCUUGCAGUGGCACGACCCACACUUUAAAAUUUAUUUUAAAUAUGUUCCAGGCUACAUUAACCGUUGAUAUUUCAUAGAUGAUGCGUGUGUGUCCACACAAAUCUAUCCGACAAGUUAUCUUGCCUUCAAAGUUUUGUGUCAGUACUCCAUUAAGAGUAUUCGUUGCUGGGCUAGUUGAUUCAUAAUGGUAAACUGCAGAGCGCAAAUCUGAUGCAGGACAGAGAAGUACGCACACAGUGCAGGGCAAUCACUGAACACUUAAUUGUCAUGCGCCCAGUGUGUGCACAAAAUUGCAUGCAAUGUCUUACUUUUGAGUACUAGUGGAAGUCACGUAAAGUGUGCAGAGAUGACUGUUUUUUGUAUUUUAAGGGGACCGACAACUGAUUUUUCUCGACCCAGUUUUUUAAGGCGCGACAGGAAGCUCACCCUUCGUAGCGUUUGUAGCUGCACUAGUUUAUCCGAAAAGCACGUAGUUAUUUUAUAAGCAGUAUUUUUCGAUCUGAAAGGCUCCAAACACGCAUGGAGGCUUGCUCCAGCAACACUGAGAAUUGAUAGCGAUGCCGCUAGCCCUUGUGAAAGCUGUCGUUGUUGUGCUUUCGCAGGAGUUACUGUAACUAUGCUUAACCACCUUUAUUUUGAGCUUUCCAACCAUUUUUGAAAAUAGCAAGCUGUUACAAUGAGAUGUGUGGCUUUAUACACCUUCCCGGUAUUUGUACAGCGUUAAGUUAGGGUGGCUAGAAUUCUAGCCACCCUAGUUAAGUGCGCCUGCGCCCAAGAUUGCCUGCGCCUGUGUCAUGGAUGGCUUGUCCCGGCGUCGUUACUCUCUCGAUACACGAGCCAAGCCAAGUAAUCGAAAACGUAACUGUGCAUAUGCACGGCCUAACCGAGUAGUAGUGCGCGCCAUUUCUGAGACGAAGUGUAGGUAGUAAAACUAUGUCGCUCUAAAAUCUUAGGGACCUGGAAACCGUGCACGGUUGCAUGAGCAUGCUGAAAAGUUGCUCAAGACGCGCUGACGAGCAUGGGAUCAUUACGUCACGCGAAGGCAGCGCCACUUUAAUGCAUACUACUAACGCAGGCCAAUAUGUACAUUAUUAUGGAGUAAUACCUUUUAAUAUAAAGAAACGAACAAUAUCUCAAUAUUAACAAAAGAUUGUCGACCACGUACAGCAAUCAACGGUCACGUGGCCGUCUUCAUCGGAUCAUUCAUGUUUUUGCCGCCAGAGGUGCCACAGGUCAUUUUUCAACUUUCAAUUAAAAAAUAAAAAUAUAAAUCCAUCUCUCACGAAAAAAAACAGGGUUGGUUUGAGUCAGUGCAACGGACAAUCUUUACAUCAGUGGAGUCAACUCAUUUUAUAUUCUGGGCAGUUGUCGGUCCCUUUAAGGCUUCCUGCAACACCUUUCCAAGUAACAGUUGAAUUGGAGUUUAUUGCCAUCGAUAUCCGGCAGAAUUUGUAUGAUUGCUGUUGCUCUGUUCGGUUAGCAAGUUUACCUUGCCUUGUUUCCGAUUCUCGUCGUUCCAAAUGCUGUCAGGCUACAGGUAUUCUAUACGACUGUCUUACUAAUUGUUGCGCCUCGAGUUGUGUUUAAGGUGUUCACACACUCACCUCUAUUGGAGUGAAGUUGUGCCAUUGCGUAGGUAGUGUGGGCCUUCUCCUUGCUUUUUUUUCAUGGCAUUAGUGCUUGAAAGGAUGUGAGCAAGAAGUAUGGCUGCAUUGACAAAAACGGGAAAGAAAAGCUUUCUAACAAAGUGCUCAUCAGGAGCACAAUACUAGUCUCUAACAGCCAGGGUAAGUUGACAAGCCUGGCAUCGCUAAGAAAAUCUGAAAGUGGACAACCUUGUACAAAAGAGCUGUGAUAGUCGAGCAUUUUCUUCCGUCUUUAGCUAAAAUGCUGUGUGUUCUUUGUUAGUUCUUGUCAAUCUCGUUUAACGUUAUAACCCAUGGAAUCCUUACUGCUGUCCACGUGUCUAUGCUCAUCAGCAGAAUUCUGUGCGAGCUUCUGCGUCAAUGUGGCUGUGUUGCAGUUGCCGCAUAGUUGAACCGAGAGAGCAUGUAGAUUUCACAUUGCACAUUCAUGCCCGUUUCAGCUUCUGCAUAGUUCCUUUGUAGUACUUGGUUUCUGGCAUGUUGUCAAACUUUGUCCUAGAGCCCAGGCUUACUGGUUAACAUGCCAGGUGUGGUUAAAUGCUCACAACGCCUAGCAGCCACCAAUUUAAAACUUGGGUGAGCUUUAUUGUAUAAAGUGGGCUGCUGACUAUGGAUUGUUUAUAGAGUAGAGAAUUAUUCCAUGCCAUAAAAAAAUAGUUUUUGUACGCGCGUGAUAGUUGCCCAAGAAAGUUUCCCUAUUUUGUGUACCAAUAAAGUUACGUUCACAA